AUGCCGGCGGAAAGACGGGCGAUACCGUAUGUGUGUACUGGUAACAUAAAAUCUGUACAUAUCUGGCUGUUGGAAAUGUAUAUGGCUCCCAAAGAUUCGUUUGGAAAUUGGAAGGAAAACGUGUACAUGCAUAAAGUAUCGAAUGCUUGCUCAUCAUUAAAAAAAUUAGUAGGAAACGCAGCGACUUCAUUCAUUCAUGGUCUUGGACUUAAAAGUGCAAAUUGUCCUGUACUUCCGGGUAUUUAUAUAGCUAAUGGUUUGGAUCCGUCAAUUUUUGAGCAAUCCAAUAUGCCAAAGGCGUUUUUUUAUGGAACGUACAAAUUUCAUGCGCAAUAUUCACGAAAAAAUGAAAACUUCGGCUGUCAAGUUUACAUUUUAGAAUUUAAGCGCCCUUGAGU